CUCCUCCUCCUCCUCCUCCUCCUGUCACCUGUGGCUGUGGUUUCAUCAGUGGACGGUUGCCACAGCGGCAGGGAUAAAGACCACCGUCCGAAAGAGAACUGCACAGGAGCCGGGUUCAGGGACGUCCCGGUGGGACUGGAUCAGAGGACGAAGGUUCUGCUGUUUCCAAACAACCUGUUCUCCGCUCUGUCCUGGACCUCCUUCCAGGUUUUUACAGAAAUCCAUGAGCUGGACCUGACGGCCAACGAGAUCCCCGAGGUGACACCCAGUCCUGGUCCGGUCCUGCCCAGUCUCAGUGUCCUCCGGCUGGGGUCCAACCACCUGACCCUCCUGUCUGACGGGUCCUUCACAGCCUGUCCUGCUCUGAGCGAGCUCUACCUGGAAAAUAACUCCAUCUCAGCUCUGAGCGACCGCAGCUUCUCUGGGCUCAACAAGCUGAAGAUCCUGGACCUGACAGCCAAUCAGAUCUCAGUUCUUCCCGUUCACCUGCUCCACCCUCUGAUGGCCAUAGAGACCCUCUACCUGGAGAGCAACCAGAUAAAGGUGAUGCCCAAUGAUUGGUUCAUCAAGAAGGAGGAGGUGCCAUACCUUUACCUGUCAGCCAAUCCCUGGGCUUGUUCUUGUUCUCUUUCUUACCUUCACAAAUACCUGAAUGAGUACGAGCUCAAUGUCUACGUCCGAGACGGUCCUAUCAUCCAGGUGGAUGUGGAGAGCCUGGUUUGUGACUCUCCUGAGGAGUACAAAGGGAAACCUGUGUUUACGCUGGAAGAAUCGGACCUGUGCUCAGUUUCAACAGAAACUGGUCCACCUGAGCUCCAGGUGACAACAGAAGCUCUGCACAUGACGACAUCCGCUACUAAAACCACCCCAGCUACUGCUGCCCCCACUCAGGUGUUCCUCCAGCUGCACACGCAGCACUCGGUGGUGACGUGGUCCUGGUACCAAACCUUCACCCGGUACUAUGAACUGCUGCACACCUCUGGAUCAGAGAUGAAKACUAAACGAUCGUUAGUCGGGUCGUUUGAGUUGAUGGGACUGCCAACGACUGGUGGUCUGAUAGAAGCUGUGGAAACAACCACAGGUGUUCCUACAACCGUAWCAUCAACAACACCGACCACAACAACUACCACCACACCAGCCACGACAACUACCAUCCAGACUCUGACGACACCCAGCACCUCUGAGACGACAUUGUCGAUCUCUUCAGUGGGGUUCUUGAGUUCUGCAGGGUCUCCAGGUUCCGGUGGAGUGUUCUGUGUUUGGCUGUUUGCAGGAUGUCUGCUGCUCUGCCUUGCAGCUGCAGCGUGUGUCCUGGUGACCCUGGUGAGGCUGGUGACCUGGUACCGGACCGUCUACAGCCCGGUGAGCGCAGCCUGGGUCGGAAGGAUCAAAAGCAGGGAGGAGUUGGAGCUGCUGAUGAAGAGGAGAACGGAGGAGAAAGGAGCAGGAGACGGAGGAGUGAUGGCUCUUUAUCGCUCUGUUCUGUUCAUCAGCAGGGAGGAAGAGGAGGCUGUGGGGGAGGAAGAAGGGGGGAGGGAGGAGAGGGGGGUGUACAAGAAGACUCUGUACAGGGUGGUGAGGAGAGAGGAGGAGAUAGAAGGAUGGAGGGAUGUGGUGAAGGAGUGUCAGGUCUCUGGGAGGAGGGUCAGGGGGGAUCAAGAUCUGAUUGGAGGUGAAGGAGGAGGAGCCAAAAAGCGCUACAGCGUGAUUCUGCGGGAGGAGAGGGAGGAGCAACGGGAAGGGAGGGAGGAGCUGGAUUGGGUGGUAGGAGGCUGGGAGGUGAAACGAGGACCAGGAGGCAGAGAGGAGGUCCCCAGGAGCAGCUGGGGGGAGUGGCUGGCACACUAUUUACCCAGCAUGCCUUGGGGAGUGGCCACGCCUCCUGAGGAAGAGGCGGUGCAGUGACAUCUGUGGUGGGAGGAGCUAAAUAUAUCACUUCCUGUUCAGCUUCUGUACGUCACACUGAUCUGUCUUUCAUUUUAAAACAAAUAAAACAUUUGAAACAGUC